AUGGGCAGGGAGCUGCCCCACAGCUGCCCCCCCACAGCGGCCCCACAACCUUUCUCACAUUUUGGGGCUGAAUGUAGGAUGAAGAAGAAGCUGAUAAUCGACGUGGACACGGGAGUGGAUGAUGCUCAGUCCAUCAUGGUCGCCCUCGCCGCCCCAGAUGUGGAGAUAUUGGGGAUCACCUGCUGCCAUGGCAACACGUCACUGGAGAAUGUUCUGAAGAACACACUGCGUGUCCUCAAAGUCUGCAACAGGCUGGACAUUCCAGUUUACAAGGGCUGCCCGAAGCCUCUGCUGGCCGGUAAACAGAAUGCGGGGGAUUUCCACGGGAAAGACGGGCUGGGGGACGUCCCGGAUCCAGAUGCUCCAGGCCUGGACCUGCUGCAGGAGAAGAGAGCCGUGCAGGCCAUGCUGAAGAUUGCCAAGGAGAAUGCGGGAGAGGUGACUCUGGUGGCCACCGCCCCCCUCACUAACCUGGCUGUUGCUGUGCAACUGGACCCUUCCUUCCCUAAAAAACUGAAAGGACUCUACAUCAUGGGGGGAAACACUGAGUCCAGAGGCAACACCACGCCGUGUGGGGAGUUUAACUUUGUGGCUGACCCUGAAGCAGCCUGCAUCGUGUUGGAGCGCUUCACUUGUCCCACCUACAUUGCCUCCUGGGAAUUCAGUUGCAGGCGGAGCCUUCCCUGGUCUUUUGUUGAUGAGUGGCUGUCCAAGGACACCGAGAAGGCUGCCUUCAUGAAAAAGAUUUCAUCCCUGUCUAUGACGAAAGCACGAUCGGCCGAAUACCAGAAAGAGAUCACCGCAGGAAAAGGGUUCAAUCCCUGUGACGUCUUUGCCAUGGCCGCUGCCCUCGAUGAUUCGCUCAUAACAGACAGCGAUGAGGUUGCUGUCACAGUGGAGCUGGCAGGGACCCACGCCCGAGGCAUGAUGGUGCUGGACUACAUGGAGCUGCUGAAAAAGAGCCACAAGGUUGUCAUCAUGAAGAAUGUUGACUCAGAGAAAUUAAAGCAAAUGCUCAUUAAUGCCCUCAAAUAGAACAACCAUACGAGUUAAUGGGGUUACCUAAAUGCGUUUGACUUCUCCUUCCGCUUUAAAGUGCCUUCAAAUCACUGUGGUUUGGAGCUGAAUCCACUUAAUUAAACUGGAAACGU